ACUUCCUGAGAGUGCAUGUUUUCAUGUGGUUGCGAAAUGUUCCUGAAAGCUGGCGAAUCCGGAGCCGAGCGACAAACGGCCCCUUCUUGCCCUGUAACAGAUAUUGAAUUACUAUGCGUAUUUUGUAAUGGUUAUAACAUACACAUGAUGAGUAAGUGCUAGGUAGCUGGCAAAGGUCGUCGCGCAACAACAACAGACGAGCUAUGGCCCAAGCUCGCCAGCCGCUGGCGCUGAGCCUAGCAGGGUUCCAGUUCUCAUACCGUAGCAGCUAUUUUGACUGGAGGCUGCUGCACGGCAUAGAUGUGGACACUGUGAUUCGGCUCACAGACGUCAAGGCGGUGGAGGACUGCCUGGACACGCUGCAGCAUGGCAGCUUUGGUGUGGAGCGCGACCGCCUGUCGCCCGCCAACUGCGUGCAGCUGUUUCGGAUGCUGCAGCUGUCCAUUGAGUACUGCGCGCAUCUGCGGGCGGCCCACGCGUUGCUGCUGGACUGCUACAAUAGCGCCACGCAGGCGGCGGAGGGCUGGAAGGCGGCUGCCCGGGCGUACCUGGAUGCGGGGUCGGUGCUGGUGCAGGACAGCGUGGCGGUGGGCGCCAUCAGCAGGCCCGCGCUGGACGCCACGGAUGCUGCCAAGAUGGCUCUUGAGGGUGCAGACAGGGAGUACAAUGCAGCCCUGGAUGCGCUGGAGGCUGAGGACUCGCGCGCGCGGCACUUCCGCUUCCGCAAGCAGCGCACGGAGAUGUCGUGGGUCACCCUGCACGCCGCGGACGCCGACCGGCUGGUGGCGGCGCUGGACGUGGCGGCGCUGGAGGCGCUGCUUCCCAACCUGACCUACGGGUGCAUCACCAACGAGGACGACGAGCAGCUCACGCCGCACCACUUCGCGCAGAUCAUACCGCUGGCGCAGGCGGGGCUGGACUACACGUUGUGGCAGGCCAACGCCACGGGGGCACUCCUGGAGCAAGCCAUGGCGGUGCUGCAGGCCUCCUGCGGCGACAUCCCGCUGCUCACCUCCGCCACACAGGAGAUGCACAACAACAUCACCUCGCUGCUACUGGAGGCGCAGCAGGCGGGCGUGGGCGCGGUGGGGCCCAGCGGCGGCGGCGGCGCGGGCGGCUCUCCGCUGGCCGGCGCCCUGAGCCUGGGCGGCGCGGGCGUCACCGGCGCCUCGCUGGAGGCCGCAUACGGCGGGUCCGGGGGCCUGGGGGCGUCCGUCACCAGCGCGCAGCAGCCCUGGACCUCCACAUCCGUGGAGCUGGGGCAGUCGGUGCAGUAUGCCGGCAGCGGGCGGUUGGGCACGCCGCAGCCCCUGCGCACCAGCACGCCCACCUUCAUGGCGGGCCGCGCCGGCAGCGGCAGCACCGCCCAGGUGCUGCGGCUGGGGGGCGGCGGCGGCGGCGGCGGCGCGGGGCCGUCGCGGUUCGGCAGCGUGGGCUUGGGCCUGGGCGGGCCCGCUUCCCGGCGGCUGUCGGCCAGCAUGGCGAGCGGUACGCUGGAGGAUCUGCUGGCGGCGGCGGGCGGGGCGGGCGGCGGCGGCGGCGGCGAGCUGCACCGCAGCACCGCUGAGCUGUCUUUUAAGGUGGAGGCUAUCGAGCACGACCUCAGGAUGGAGCGCAGUAAGACGGAGGAGAUGCGCCGCAUCCUGGCCGACAUACGCGAGCGCCUGAACCAGCAGCACUCGCAGCCCGGAGGCGCGGUGGCGGCUGCGGGCGGCGGCCUGGGCCUGACGUCGUCGCAGUCGCUGCAGAGCCGCCACCACCGCCAGCCCUCCGGCGGCGUUGCAUCCCUGGCAGGCGGCUUGGGGCACGGGCUGGGUGGCGGCGGCGUCACGGGCGUCACCGACUCCGUCACCUUCCCUGCGGGUGGCGGCGGCGGCAGCGGGUCGCCGUUCCUGAACCCGCCCGCCGCCUCCGCGGCCCUGGUCGGUGGCGGCGGCGGCGGCGGUGUGGGCAGUAGCAUCAGCGGGUUCGGGUCGUUCCACCUGGGGCCGGGCUCGCCGCCGCAGGGGCAAGCAGGCGGCGGCGGCGGCGCGGGGUUGGGGCCGUCGCGCUUCGGCGGCAGCACCGCGGGCGUGAGCUACCCGCAGUCGUCGCCGCAGCACCCCGACCACAGCUACCACUCGCCCGCCAAAGUGCGAGUGUUUGUGGACGAGGACGCCAUUCGCGAGCACGAGCAGCAGCGGGCCGUGGACCUGCUGGCCAAGCAGGCGGAGCGGCUCAAACAGCAGAUGCUUCGGGAGCACCAGGAGCGCCGCCAGGCCACUGCCGCUGCCGCCAGCGCCUCCAACCUGCACCUCAACCUGGCGGAGCUGGGGAUAGGCGGCGGCAGCGGCGCGGGCGGCGGCGGGCUGCAGCGGCUGCAGCGGGAGGAAGGAGCGCAGCGGCGGAGUCGCGGCGUGAGCAGGGACAACUCGCGGCGCUCGGUUCGGCACUCCAGCCCCUCCGGCCGCGCCGCGAACCACGGCUCGCGCCACGGCGGUGCCAGCGGCAUGUCGGGCGACUACAGCUCGGAUCCCGAGUGGGCCAUGCUGGCAGCGGCGGCAGCCAGCACGGGCGGCGGAGGCGGCGGCGCGGGCAGUGGCGCCGGGCUAGGGGCGCCGGCGGCGACGGGAGCAGCGGGAGUGGGCGCGGGCGGAGGCAAGGGCGCAAGCAGGCCGCCCAAGCCGGGCCUGUCCCGCCUGUCCGGCCCCACCGCCAUCCACGGCUCCCUCGGUGACCUCACGGCAGUGGCCUCAUUCGGCGGCGGUGGCGGCGGCGGCGCAGCGCCGCAGGGCGGGCGGCGAGCCUUGGGCCUGGGCGGCGGCCCCAGUUCCGGCGGCCCGCACGGCUCCAUCUCAGCCGGGCCCAGUGCGCGGCCGGGGCACCUGCGUAACGGGCCCGCGCUGGUGCUCGACGGCGAUGACCCGCUGGCCCUGCCCCCGCCUGCGCUCUUCUCUGCGGAGUCACCCACUGCCGCGCCCAGUGCCUACGGCGCCGCCGCGCUACCUCCACCCCCUGCCUCCUCCUCCUCCCAUCCCCAGCACCCGCCGCAGUACCAGGUGCCGCUGCCCGCGGGCCUGCCGCCGCCCGCGCGCUCGCCACCGCCGCCGGCCUCCCACUCGCUGCCGUCCGCCCAGCACUCGUCCAUCAUGGCCGCCGGCAGCGCCUUCGGCUCCAUAUCCCUGGUGGGCCAGGCGGCGGACGCCGCCGCCGCGUCAGCGGCAGCCGCCGCAUCUCGACAGCGCUCCUUCAAUGACGGUCGCGCCUCUGGCGGCCACAGCCACAGGCCACCUGGGCUAGGCUACGGCGGCGCAGCGGGAGCGGGAGGGCCACUUGCGGAGGGCAGGAUAGUGCCGGGCUCGGCGUCAGCAGGGCCCAGCAGCGGCGCCUCCAAAGCGUCUAGCUUUUCGGACUCGCGGCCCUCACCGGGGUCGCACCUGGGUUUCCAGAUGCCGCCGCCGUCAUUGUCGGGACGCGUGGCGUCGGCAUUUGCGAUGCUGCCGGGCGCGGGGGGUGGAGCUGGAGGCGGUGGAGGUGGCGGGGGCGAGUUUGAUGCGUCGGGGGUGGUGGCGGCGGGCAUGGGCCGGCGGUGAUAGGGGGAAGGGCUGCUGGCGGUGGUCGAAGACGAGUACGGUACUAAUGUAGAAACGGGCACCAGUGCCCAAGUGUACAUGCGAACUGUAUUGACCAUGCUAAUACGAAUGACGGAGACCGUUUGGACUGCCAACGGGCUGACUGUGUCUCUUCAGGGGAUGCAUGUAGAUUGUGGGCCGCGUGUGAUUCCAUCCGUGUGUGUGCGCAUGUGUACCUACGAGCUACCGGGUG